AUGAAUCAGUUGGGAAUGUCUUUAGUUGUACUUGUUUUCAUGUGUCAUGGCAUUGGAACUUUGAGUGACAAUGGAGUUCUUGUUCUUGACUACUACCAAGAAUCAUGCCCCAUUGUGGAAGAGAUAGUGCAGCGCCAAGUUGAAAUCGCAGCUCUGAAAGAUCCUCGCAUGGCUGCCUCACUCCUUCGAUUGCAUUUCCACGACUGUUUUGUCAUGGGAUGCGAUGCAUCGGUUCUGCUCGACAACUAUGGAGGCAUCACAAGUGAAAAACAAGCUGCUCCAAAUGUAAAUUCUCUAAGAGGAUUUGAGGUCAUUGAUGGGAUAAAGUACCUAUUGGAGGAGGCAUGUCCUGAUGCAGUAUCCUGUUCUGAUAUCUUAGCCAUUGCUGCUCGUGAUGCCGUUGCAUUGAGAGGUGGGCCCAGAUGGAAUGUUUACUUAGGCAGGAGAGACUCUCUAAAAGCAGAUUUCAAGGGUGCCAACCAGUUCAUACCUGCUCCAAAUUCUUCUCUAGGGACCCUCAUUGCCAAUUUUCGACAACAGGGUCUCGACACCAGAGACUUGGUGGCUUUAUCAGGCAGUCAUACAAUGGGAAAGGCAAGAUGUCUGAGCUUCAGGCAGAGGGUUUACACUGAGGACUAUGAAGAAAAUAAUAAUGGCCACCACAGAAAUACAAUCUUCCGGCGAAUAUUGAGCUCAAUAUGUCCCAAAUCCGGAAGAGACGGGGCGUUGGCGCCGCUUGAUCUCAAGACUCCGGCUAGGUUCGACAACCACUACUUCCUCAACAUCAUUGAAGGCAAUGGAUUGCUAAUAUCUGAUAAUGUGCUGGUCACCCAAGAUUUUGAAGGGGAGAUAAGAGAACAUGUCUUUGCUUAUGCCUCUGACCAAGAAUAUUUCUUUGAUUCAUUUGGGACCUCAAUGAUCAAGAUGGGUAACAUCAAUGUGCUCACUGGAAACCAAGGAGAAAUUAGGAGCAACUGUAGAUUUGUUAAUUCUUAA